AUGAUGAAAUUAAUCUUUCAUGGUGAAGCUUUAUUUCAGACACAUGAUAAUUUAGAACACUUGGCAAUGAUGGAGAGGGUACUGGGACCUUUACCAGAGCAUAUGGUUCAAAGAGACAACCAUGGUAUAGAAAAAUACUUCAGAAGAUUUAAAUUAAAGUGGCCAGAAGGUGCGGUUUCUAGGGAGAGUAUUAAAGCAGUGUGUGUCUUACUGUUUCACUAUGCAGCUGUGUCAGUGGGUCUAGAAACUGAAACCAUAAUAGCUGUGUUGAAUAAGCUUUCAAAGUCCAAUCUCCCUAAAGAGAUGAUCGAUUUCACUCAUGCUUCAACAUCCAAUUAUGGAAAAGUAAAGCUUGUACUGAAAAAGAAUCGUUACCUAGUUGAAUCUCCUUUCCUAGAGGCAAGAAUGCUUAUUAUGUUCUUAAUCUGUGGCAGUUGCAGUUGA